CAUGGAUAAUUUUUAAACAAAAAUCAAAAUUCACUUUUGUUUUUCCUCAAUUUCUCUAGUUAAAAUGGUCCGAUUAAAGAAUAGAUAUCUUCUCUGUGAGAUAAUGUUCCCAUUGGAAGACAAGAGACUCGUGCAUGACAUUAAUGUCAAAACACUGAGAUAUCAGAUAGGACAAGCCAUACAAACUUUACACGGGACAUAUGGACGGGGAUUACUACAGCAGUCAUUAAAAGUCAAUUAUAUUAAUACCUACACCAAUACAGUGUUAAUCCGUGGUAAGAGAGGAGCACACAAGCUACUGUGGAGCGCUAUUACAACAAUUAAGAAAAUAGGCAAUUUUGACUGCUUCUUUAGGCUUAUUCACUUAGGAGGUACAAUACGCUCCUGUCAGAAAUCUCUAAUACAACACAACAAGAAAAGAUUAGCUCAAAUAUUACCAUCUAUACACAAUGAAGGUGAAAAGUUACAAAUACGGCAAUCCAUCAUGAACUCAACUCAGAAGCUAGAGAAGCCGCACGAACAGGACUAUAUGUUUAUUAAAAACAAACAGAACAUUGACGCUAUAUCAACUGAUAGUGAUGAAUUAGAGAGUGAUUGAAAAAAAUAAAUACCGGUACUAGUAGCAGUCCCAAAAAUGUGUUAAUUUUCAUGGUUAGUGAUGCCAGGUUGUUGGUUAAUCAUGUGAACUAACCAGACCUCAAUAUAAUGCUCCACAUUGAACAGAUCAUACGCCAAGUUCUAUAAUACACAGCGCCUCAUGCCUGAGCUAUGAUACAGCCGAGCAACCUCGCAAAGUCACGUCUGUAUCCCUCUUAAUAUCACAUUUUUGUUGUUAUAAGUCCCCUACUUUUUGUGGACGGUGUUUGUGUUCGGCGGACAGCAGUUCGUGUUCUGCGGUCGGUGUCUGUUACAAAUGGCAGGUGG